GGAGCAUAUCGUCUUUGGUCUUCUGGUAACUGGUUUAUCUCAUUGCAUCUCCACCACCUGCCACUCUGACUUCACAACUGCUACCCCCUAGAAGGAUCGGAAUAAGAUCGAAAAAGAAUAUUGAAAAUCUAUAUAGAUUUGGCUGGAGUAAAAUAGUAUCAAAUCUCGAAAGGACUCUUUUAUAGCUGCUGUUUUUUGUCAAUGAAAUGUCUUGUUUGGUUUGCUAACCAGUUUUGAGGAAUAUAUGCAGUGACGUUGAACAUCUUCAAGGCGAUUUGUUUAUUCUUGUGACUUUACUUCGUACCGGUUUCGGAUUUUGGUGGUACGAAAUGGUUUGAAGCUUCGAUUGUCCACUAGACGAAAGCGAAACUGUCAAUUCUUAAUACAAGAACCUGCUCUUAAAAGGGUUUAUCAAUCGUUUCGAAUAACGAUUGAACAUUUUCUUGUUGUGUUAAAAGAAAGCGAACAUUAUUCUUAAUUUAGUGACUAACAUUAUUUUUGAUUUAUUUCCUUUCUCGUAUCGGCGCCCCGAAAUUCAUCUCCAAACUUGCCAAUUAAUUACCGGAGAAAACCAAAUAUGAAAUUUAAUUCGGUUUGCUUUGUCUUCAUCUGUUUGGCAUUCGUGGUCAACGCCUUCCCAUACAAUCAGGAAGCAGCUGCUAGAAUAUCACCUUACGUACCGGAUGUCGAUUCCGCGCCCCAAAGACAGCAGGAGGAAACGGUAGGCUCGAUGGAGGCCAACGAACUCCUGCAAAUUUUGGGUUUAAGCAAGGAACCAAUUUCGUUACCAACUAGGGAGUCGACAUCGCUUUCGUCGUCGUCAUCGGAGAGGAACCACUUCGCCCACCCGUUCAUGGUCAACCUUUACAACUCCUUGGUGGAUCCGAUGUCGGGAUUGACGUUUGGGCGAAGACCAUACAAUGCCACUAAGAUAAGAGCCGUGCCUGAAGCAGGCCGAGGUGGUCGACUGAGCUUCCAUUUUAAUCUCUCUCUUGUGGAAUCGAAUGUGGCCCUCCUCCAAGCUGAAUUUCAUCUCUACCGGAUAAGACCCCGAUGGACUUCAUCUCAAGAUACAAGAAGACCAAACUACUUUCAGGUCCACGUCUACCAACUCAAAUCAUCUGACACGUCGUCGUUGGAGGGCGCCAAACUAGUUGGAUUGAGGCUGAUGUCUGCCAAAGGAACUGGAUGGGAAGUGUUCAAUAUUCGAGACACUGUUCAAGAAUGGCUGAACAAUAAGACUUCCAACUUUGGGCUCUACAUCACUGUGACGUCACUCUCUGGCCAGCCUCUCCCUGACAACAUGCUUCGGUUUGCGAAGAAAGCACGCCAUGAUAACGGUCGUCAACCAAUACUCGUGCUUUUCACACAAGAGAGUCUGGAUCGGAAAAACGGGAAAAGAAACAUAUCCCAAUCCAACGAUGACGAAUCGCCUCCUCCUGCCCUUUCAACAAUGGCAUUUCACCAUGUACCAAGUUCUUCAGAACUCCAACGCCGAAAGCGCUCAUUGGCUAAACAUCGAGCUUACGUCCAGGAUUUAGAACAAUCAGAAAACACUACACGGUCGGGAGGUUGUCUCCGAAAGAACAUGUAUGUAAGCUUCGAAGCGAUUGGUUGGUCGCCUUGGAUCAUCGCCCCCAAGGGAUAUGACGCGUACAGAUGCAACGGUGGGUGCCCACUCAAUUCGAAAUCGACGGAGGAUGAAACGUGGUCCAACCAUGCUAAAGUAAAGGCAAUCAUGACCCGGAGGAAGCGAGGGGUGUCACCCCCGUGCUGUGUCCCAUCAGAGUUCCACCCACUUGGUCUUGCAAUUCUUUACCUUGAACCUGAAACCAGAAACAUUGUAUUGACAGAACUCCCGGAUAUGAUUGUGGCAAAAUGUGGAUGUCGUUGAGCCAAAUUUAUACAUAUUCAAAAACAAUAAAAACAUUUUAUAACCGGUCAAAAUCCCACCAGCCAACACCUCUCCCUGAAAGACGAUACGAGUAUAAAUUUUGACGAAGUAUAUUUUUAUGCCUGAAUAGACUUUGAGAAAUCAGUGUGUAGCAACAAACAUGAUGGAUUUAAAAAAUUGUAUUAACAGUAGAAAUCGAAAUGAAUAUCUUUAAUCCUCCUUCUUAUCAAGACAAACUUAGGACUUUAAGGAUGCAGCAAAAAAAAAACUGUCCACGCAAUUAAUUAGAAGCCAAUUGUGUAUACAUGCCCAAUCCUAUGCUUGCAAUGUAAAACAUAUUUCUUGCAAGCAGGAUACUAAAGUAAUCUUGGUCUGUGUAGCCACAUUAUGUUAGAGAGCUUGAAAUUCCUUAUCUUUGAUGCAAAAUUAAAAAUAUAUUUUGGGGGAAAUUAGCCAUGUAUAAGGUAGUCUAUUCUGCGUCGCCAAUCAUUUCACAACCGUUUUCAGGCAAUUUUACGUUUGUUGUUGUUGAAUAUGAUGGCGCUCUUCAAUCUCUCCAGAUUAUACGCGCCAGUCGCUUUCGUAAGUAGGACGUCGUCGGCAAAGGUGAUCCAUACGACGUUAAACCAAUGGUGACGAUUAUAUGACAUAUUAAUAUAGAUUAGUCACCCAUCCACCUAUUAUAUUAGUAGGUCCUACAAGAUUAAACAUCUUCGAGGAAUAACACUUUAAUACUGAUAGUAAAUUCUGAUCUUUGUGCCAAAUACGCUGUGCGGCAAGUUUGAUGGCGCCGUCAUAUCAGUACUUCAAGUUCUUUGUCAAUUUGCGUUGCGUUGGUCUCCCCUCUAAAAGAGUAUGAGGGGAGGGUUAGAGGGGAAAUCAGAGCUUCCAACAUGUGUAACAUGAUAUAAAACAAGAGUAUUGUGGAUGUGGAAUAAGGAUGAGAACGUAGCGUUAUAGGGGAAAGAAGACACCGUGUCAUGAUGAUCUCGGUUGUGAUAUAAAAAAACGAAAAACACCUCCCCUAUUCACAUAUCCAUGUGCAUGAUAGAGAGAACCAACGCUGUUGUUGUGUGAAUGAUGCCAUGAAAGCCAUUGAGAUGGAGUGCGGUAGCAUUCUACGUGAAUAAGGAGGGGGUAUUGAUUGGGUUGGUCUGUGAGCGCAAUUCAGAAAUGUUACCGUCGUAAUUCGUAAAUCUUACAACACGUUCCAGAGAAGACAACCAAUAGCGCCGCUUAGCACUUAUUCAGUACUUUGACAUUGUUCAUAUCUGUACAUUUAUAUGAAUAGUAAUUUUGAAACGCGCAUAACGGUGUAAAUACAAGCUUUAUCAUUGAGUUUGACAUUGGUGGCUAUAUUAUACUGUAACGACUCGAACCAUGCUUUUCUGCCGACUUAAAACAAUAGUUAUUUUUAACUUUGUGCUACUAAAGCUCAUAUAUUGACAAGUUAUCACUACGUAUGUGACUAAUAAUUCAUUUCAUAUAAGAGUAUAAGAAUGUACAGCGGGGUUCCUCUAUCUGGUAUUUCGUAUCUAUACGGUGGUGUUUGAUGUUAUAUCAAACCAUGCAAAGGUAUUUUUUUUUUUUUUACAGAAAGUAACUUUUAAGCAAUUUUCGAUCAGUUAAUUCACCUCUCCGGAAAGGAAGGUGUUUGUUUCAUGAGAUGUCUUGGAUAAUUCUUAUAGUAACGUGUUUUAUAUAUUGUUUCUUUAGGAUGUCUUGAACGUCAAGAGUUCCAACAGCCUUGUGAAAAGGAGUCCUUCGGUCUACACAAAAGAGUAUACAGCUCGUUCAUAUACAAAUUAUCUCAAAAGCGGGCGCUCUGUUCGUCAUUACCAUGACUACAAUUGAUUUCAGCAUUGUAUUAUGACAAUUUUGGGGUUUCUUUUUCUUUCUGGGGGGUCAUUAGCGGCGGAAGUAAAAAAAUUUAGGGGGACCACCAAAAUUUGUUGACAAGCAAAAAAAAAAAGUUAUAUAUCAACCACAAUUUUAGGGGGAGGCCGACAAAAAAUUUUGACAAGCAAAAAAAAAAAAAAAAAAGGUCAACGAAAAAUUUAGGGAGGGACACGUCCCCCCGCUUCGGCCGCCUAUGGGGGGGGGGGGGUGAUAUGGAAAUAAACUCAUGUUGUUGUUGUUUUUUCUUUAUCGUCAUGGAUCACAUCACAAGUGCGGUAUAAAAACCUAAUAAAUAUCGUACAUUGAUGAUGUAUGGUCUUGGGUUCAUAAUACUCAAUUCAUGGCCCUGUCCUCAUAAUUCCACAUAUCGUGAAUAAAAAUGGAUCACGGAGAUAAAAUUCAGAAUUUUCUUUUAUAUCCAUGUACGGAUAAAAUUUAUAAAUAGAGUACUAGUAUCAUCGGAUUUGGUUUAUCCACUGUUCGUUAUCAAAUUAAUAUGUAUUUGUGUAUAAUAGGUAAUAUUAUUUUGUGUUCUAAAUUUUGUGUUGAAUCACUGCCAUUAUAAUGAAAAAGAUAUUGUGACAAUGUAAAUAAAAGCGAUAUAUAUCAUUCAUUACAAUGCUAAU